GCGGUGGCCUGCCGGAGAGCCGCGGCGCGCAGCGACAUGGGGGGCGGCCACCGCCUCCUGCUGGAGAACGCGCGGCAGGUCGUGCUGGUGUGCGCCCGCGGCGAGCGCUUCCUGGCGCGGGACGCGCUGCGCAGCCUGGCCGUGCUGGAGGGCGCCAGCCUGGUGCUGGGCACGGAUGGGUUUAUAAAAGCCAUCGGUCCUGCUGAUGCUAUCCAAAAACAGUUUUCUGAAGAAACGUUUGAAGAAAGAAUUGACUGCUCUGGGAAAUGCAUCUUGCCUGGUUUGGUGGAUGCACACACACAUCCAGUAUGGGCUGGGGAAAGAGUUCACGAGUUUGCAAUGAAGUUGGCAGGAGCCACGUACAUGGAUAUUCACCAGGCUGGAGGAGGGAUCAACUUCACGGUGGAGCGCACACGCCAAGCCUCGGAGGAGGAGCUGUUCAGCUCCUUCCAGCAGCGGCUGCAGUGCAUGAUGAGGGCUGGGACCACGCUGGUGGAGUGCAAGAGCGGAUACGGCCUCAACCUGGAGACCGAGCUCAAGAUGCUGCGCGUGAUUGAGCGCGCCCGGCGGGAGCUGGACAUCGGCAUCUCGGCCACUUACUGCGGGGCUCACUCAGUGCCGAAAGGAAAAACUGCUACAGAAGCUGCUGAUGACAUCAUCAAUAACCACCUCCCAAAGCUGAAGGAACUUGGCAGAAAUGGGGAAAUACACGUGGACAAUAUAGAUGUGUUCUGUGAGAAGGGCGUCUUUGAUCUUGAUUCCACCAGAAGGAUUCUUCAAAGUGGGAAAGAUACAGGGUUACAGAUUAACUUCCAUGGAGAUGAACUCCACCCGAUGAAGGCUGCUGAGCUCGGGGCUGAACUGGGAGCCCAGGCAAUCAGUCACCUGGAAGAAGUGAGUGAUGAAGGCAUCGCUGCCAUGGCAACGGCCAGGUGCUCUGCUGUCCUCCUGCCCACCACGGCCUACAUGCUGAGGCUGAAGCAACCUCGAGCCAGGAAGAUGUUAGAUGAAGGAGUGAUAGUUGCUCUGGGCAGCGAUUUCAACCCUAAUGCCUAUUGCUUUUCGAUGCCAAUGGUCAUGCAUCUGGCCUGUGUAAACAUGAGAAUGUCUAUGUCGGAGGCCUUGGCCGCUGCCACCAUCAAUGCAGCUUAUGCACUGGGAAAAUCUCACACACAUGGAUCUUUGGAAGUUGGCAAACAGGGAGAUCUCAUUAUCAUCAAUGCAUCCAGAUGGGAGCAUUUGAUUUACCAGUUCGGAGGCUAUCACGAAUUAAUUGAAUAUGUUAUAGCUAAAGGAAAAGUCAUCUAUAGAAAAUGAUAGAUCUGAAAGGAAAGAGAAGAUUCUUCGACUGUUUAAGUCAAUACAGUUAUAUUAAAAGUUAAAAUACCUUAGUAGUUUACCAGAAUGAUGUCACUUAAAUAUAUUUCAGUGUUUCAUUAAUCCACUCGAAAAACCCAAGGAUUAAUUUAUUUUAGUUUAACGUGUCCACCUGGACAUAUAAACAGGUAAACCAAUUGUGAUGGUAAUCUCAGAACAUUAAAUUGUUUCACAAAGAUUUGUUACAAAUAUUCUGAAGAUUUGUAUGAUGGAGUAUCACAAAAAUGCCUUUGUGGGGAAAAGCAGAUUGGCAAUUAGGUAGACAUGGCUUUGAAAUUCCCAUUUUGUUUCUGCUUUUCAAAUACAGUUUUUAAACUAUAUUUAGUGAAAAUAGGGGGAUGGUAGGAAAUCCAAAUGAUAUGCCCCAAAUUAAGCUAAAAUGUAGCCUUCUGUAUAAGCAAAUAGUUUUUCCUUUCCCCACAGUGUCUUUCUAGAUGCUCUCCAAAUGCAUGAGUGUCCCCUGAGGGAAGGUGUCCUUCUAUUUCUAAUCUCUUCUCAAUCCUAACAAUAGAACUUCACAGCAGAGUUCAAGACUCAUCAUUUUAUACACGGGUACAGGGGCCUUCCUAUAAUGGAUGCAUUUUGACCAAAUCCAAUAAUGUAAUUUUUAAAAAUUGUUUUUAAGUUUUUGAUUCUUUGCACUACAAAUGUAUAAAAAAAUUUAUAGCUCUCAAUAAAUAUUUGCUGUCACUA